AUGGCCAAAAUGGAGGUCAAGACGUCACUUUUAGACAACAUGAUAGGGGUGGGAGAUAUGGUUCUUUUAGAGCCGCUUAAUGAAGAUUCGUUCAUCAAUAAUCUGAAAAAGCGCUUUGAUCACAAUGAAGUAUAUACAUACAUUGGCAGCGUGGUGAUAUCAAUAAACCCCUACAGAUCUCUACCCAUUUAUACUCCAGAGAAAGUGGAAGAAUACAGAAACCGAAACUUUUAUGAACUCAGUCCUCACAUCUUUGCUCUCUCAGACGAAGCAUAUAGAUCUUUAAGGGACCAGGACAAAGACCAGUGUAUCCUUAUUACAGGAGAGAGUGGAGCUGGAAAAACAGAGGCGAGCAAACUUGUCAUGUCAUAUGUAGCUGCUGUGUGUGGAAAAGGGGCAGAGGUUAAUCAAGUAAAAGAACAACUUUUGCAGUCAAAUCCAGUUCUUGAAGCUUUUGGAAAUGCUAAAACAGUGAGGAAUGACAACUCCUCUAGAUUUGGGAAAUACAUGGAUAUUGAGUUUGAUUUCAAGGGUGACCCACUUGGAGGAGUUAUAAGCAACUAUCUGCUAGAGAAGUCUCGUGUUGUUAAGCAGCCAAGAGGUGAAAGAAACUUUCACGUUUUCUAUCAGAUACUGUCUGGUGCAUCGGAAGACUUCCUCUGCAAACUCAAACUGGAGCGGGACUUCAGCAGAUACAACUACCUGGGCCUUGAUUCUGCCAAAGUGAAUGGAGUGGAUGAUGCUGCAAACUUCCGAACAGUUAGGAAUGCAAUGCAGAUUGUUGGGUUUAUGGAUCAUGAAACACAGUCUGUUUUUGAAGUGGUGGCAGCCGUUCUGAAACUGGGAAAUAUUGAAUUUAAGCCUGAAUCUCGCGUGAAUGGCCUAGAUGAAAGUAAAAUCAAAGAUAAAAACGAGCUCAAGGAAAUCUGUGAGUUGACGGGUAUAGACCAGUCUGUAUUGGAAAGAGCUUUCAGCUUCCGGACGGUUGAAGCCAAGCAGGAGAAAGUUUCAACAACACUAAAUGUGGCUCAGGCUUAUUAUGCUCGUGAUGCUCUGGCUAAGAAUUUAUACAGUCGACUGUUUUCUUGGCUUGUUACCAGAAUCAAUGAGAGCAUUAAGGCACAAACAAAAGUGAGAAAGAAGGUAAUGGGGGUGCUGGACAUCUAUGGCUUUGAAAUUUUUGAGGACAACAGCUUUGAGCAAUUCAUUAUCAACUACUGUAACGAGAAGCUGCAGCAGAUCUUCAUUGAACUUACCCUCAAAGAAGAGCAGGAGGAAUACAUCCGUGAGGGGAUUGAAUGGACUCAUAUUGAGUACUUCAAUAAUGCUAUAAUUUGUGACCUAAUAGAAAAUAACCAAACUGGAAUCCUGGCCAUGCUAGAUGAAGAAUGCCUGAGACCAGGAACUGUUACUGAUGACACCUUUUUAGAAAAACUGAACCAAGUCUGUGCCACUCACCAGCAUUUUGAAAGCAGGAUGAGCAAGUGCUCCCGGUUCCUCAAUGACACCACCUUGCCUCACAGCUGCUUCAGGAUUCAACAUUAUGCUGGCAAGGUUAUGUACCAGGUGGAAGGAUUUGUUGACAAAAAUAAUGAUCUUCUGUACCGUGACCUCUCUCAGGCCAUGUGGAAGGCCAGUCACUCUCUUAUCAAAGCGUUGUUCCCAGAAGGUAACCCUGCUAAGAUCAAUCUAAAGAGACCACCAACAGCAGGUUCACAGUUCAAGGCUUCGGUUGCUACCCUGAUGAAAAAUCUUCAGACAAAAAAUCCAAACUAUAUCAGAUGCAUCAAACCCAAUGACAAAAAGGCUGCACACAUUUUCAAUGAUGCCCUGGUGUGCCACCAGAUCCGCUACCUUGGUCUUCUGGAGAACGUCCGGGUCAGAAGGGCAGGUUAUGCAUUCAGGCAGGCAUACGAGCCUUGCCUGGAAAGGUACAAAAUGCUGUGUAAGCAGACGUGGCCUCACUGGAGAGGGCCAGCCAGGGCUGGAGUAGAGGUACUGUUUAAUGAGUUGGAAAUCCCUGAAGAAGAAUUUUCAUUUGGUAGAUCAAAGAUAUUCAUCCGCAACCCAAGAACCCUCUUCAAACUAGAAGAUCUGAGAAAGCAGCGGUUGGAGGACUUGGCUACUCUAAUUGAGAAGAUUUAUAGAGGUUGGAAGUGCCGCACACGCUUCUUGUUAAUGAAAAAAAGCCAGAUUGUGGUUGCUUCCUGGUACAGGAGAUAUGCACAACAAAAAAAGUAUCAGAAGAUAAAAAGUUCGGCUAUUGUAGUACAGUCUUACAUCAGAGGAUGGAAGGCUCGUAAACUUCUUCGGGAACUUAAGCAUCAGAAGCGUUGUAAUGAGGCUGCCACAAUAAUUGCCGCUUAUUGGCAUGGUACCCAGGCGCGAAGGGAACUGAGACGACUGAAGGAGGAGGCUAGAAAUAAACAUGCUAUUGCUGUUAUUUGGGCUUACUGGCUUGGAUAUAAG